GUUGAACAAAGCUAUUGCCAUACUUACACGAGUAUAAAAGUAAGCAAACAUUUAUUAUCUUAGUCGAGGGAUAUUCAUCUAAUGUUUAUUCGUUUUCACUCUACUAUAUCGAUUGUGAUCUCUGGGAGCCGAUCAAAGUCAGUUGUUAGACAUAGUUCUGCCUAUUCGGUUCGGGAAUUUAUACUGAAUUAAAAAAUACAAUUAUAAGUCAAGUCAUUGCCUUUCUGUUCUAAUAGUCCUAAUUACGAUGAUGUUGAAAAUUAAGACCUUUACUUCGGUGUCAUAUAAAAAAUAUAUUUUGUGCAUAUUUAUUUUAUUCCUCUUAAUUGUGUGGUACAUAACGUCUUUCGGGGUGAACGAUGAGCUGACAAUGAAAUACAAUGAAAGCGAAAAACGUUUCUAUGUAAAUAGCUCAAAGUGUCAAAUGGUGUACGUGGAGCCCUUUAAUGCCGAGUUCACAAAAGUGUACACGCCAAAAAACUUCACACGUUGCUCCAAUCAAAGUGAUAUGGUUACAGUGCACUUUGAUUCCAUUUUAAAACAGUAUGUCCUGCAUGUGGAUGAGCAAGUGCUUCACAAGCUGUCGCAGUCAGAGAGCAAUGACUUUGCUUGCUUCUACCAGAACAUUACCCACGGACAUUCUGCGGAUCGCUACGAUAGGUUGGGUAACAAAACUAAAUUCACUCACGGCUACGUAGUACCCUUGAAUGUCGAAGGAAUGCUGGUGGAGUGUAGGUCAGCAGACGAGAAGCGCAUCCUGCAGGAGGACGCUUUUUCGUUUGUACAAUACCAGAAGCCUCCUCCGAACUUGGAGAUAGAUGGUAAGGCUAGUGUAAUCAUGUACGGCAUAGAUACAGUAUCUCGCACCAAUCUUCGACGGCUGAUGCCCAUGGUGUUCGAGUUCCUAAAGUCUCCAGGAUGGUACGAAAUGAUGGGCUAUAAUAAGGUGGCUGAUAAUUCGUAUCCCAACAUAUUUCCCAUCCUAACAGGAUACUCUCCAAGUUCGGCGGAAAAUCAAAUAUGCGAUACAAGUCAACCAGGAUGUUUAGAUGAAAUACCCUUCAUAUGGAAGGAAAUGAAAAAGAACGGCUAUUUAACAGCCUACGCGGAGGAUACAGUGUUCAGCAAUACUUUUAAUUACGUGAAACCAGGGUUUUUGAAUAGGCCCACUGACUACUACUUUCGUCCCCUCUUGGAUGCCUUGGAAAAGGAAACUAAUAAACUUUAUUGCCCAGGUUGUAAAAUGGUAUAUUGCCUGGGUCGUCGACUUGCCAAUAGCUAUAUCUUCGAUUACUGCCGCCAGUUUAUGCAACGAUUCGUGGCCGAUCGCCCUAUCUGGGGCAUGUUUUGGUCAAAUCACAUCAGUCACGAUGACUUUUCUAUGCUCUCGGCCAUGCAGCACAAGAUAGUUGGUGACCUGCUUAAUUUCGAGAAGGAUGGAUCUUUCGAGCAUACGAUUAUGAUAUUCUUCUCCGAUCACGGAUCUCGCUUUGGUCCCCUAAUGAGGACGAAGGAAUCGUUUCUGGAGGCAAGGCAACCCAUAAUGUUUAUUUACUUACCACCCUGGUUCCGUGAGAAAUAUCCCCAAUAUGCGGAGGCUCUCGCCCAGAAUCAGAAUCGGUUGAGUUCCAAUUUCGACGUGUACAAUACCUUGAAACACAUUAUAAACAUUGAAGAAUUGGUGGAGGAUACCAAGUGGUCCUACGACUGCCCCCAGUGUCAGUCGCUAUUCUACCCGUUGCCAGAAAGUCGAAGCUGCUCGGAGGCUGCCAUACCGGAGGCUUACUGUACCUGCCACAACUACGAGGAAGUCCAGGAGGAUCACGGGACUUGGCGCAUGGCCGAACUGGUGGUCGAUCGCAUUAACCAAUACCUCCAAUAUAAUAACCUACAGAAUCUGUGUAGCAGUCUCACCCUGAGGGUAAUCAACGUCACCGAAGUAAGAAAGCUAGAGAGCGAUGAGUACGUAAGGAUGGGAAAGGGAUUGCGACAUUAUCAUACCAAAUUCCAGGUUCAUCAGAAUUUGGCUGAGUUCUUUGCCACCGUUCUCUACGAUAGAAGAACCGAAGAGCUUCAGAUCAAUGUGGAACUAAUCAGCAGAAUUAAUAUCUAUAGAGCGGAUGCGGAGUGUGUAGACGAUAGUACUCAAAAGUUAUUCUGCAUAUGCCUAUCAAAGUUAAGAAACAAUGAGAGCACACCAACUAUCCAGUAAUAUUUGUAUUUAAUAUAUAUGUAUUUCCUUUCAA